ACUCUGUGGAAUGGCUCUAUACUUCUGAUCUGUAUUGUAGAAGUCCCGGUAACUCUGUGGGAUGUGUCUCUACUUAGGAUAUGUACUGUAGAAGUCCUGGUAACUCUGUGGGAUGUGUUUAUACUUAUGAUCUGUACUGUAGAACUCCCGGUAACUCUGUGGGAUGUGUCUGUACUUCUGAUCUGUACUGCAGAACUCCCGGUAACUCUGUGGGAUGUGUCUGUACUUCUGAUCUGUACUACAGAACUCCCGGUAACUCUGUGGGAUGUGUCUGUACUUCAGAUCUGUUCUAUGGAGGUAAAAUGACAACCGUGAUUGCUGAUCAGCUGAAUCAGGCAAUAGCCGAUGGAUCAGUGAAGUGUGCAUUUGUUGGUGUGACUCUCGGUGUUCCAUUCAUACACCCAGCAAAAACAGUCCAGAGUUGGGUCAACUAUACACUUGUUAACGCCAUUAUUGAUGAAGAUGAAGCAAAUACAUUGACGGAUUUGUAUAAAUUGAUAGAGAUAGCCAUCGCUAAUCUAGAGUGGAAAUCAGCAUUUAAUUUCCAAGCCUUGAUGGGACAAGGCUGCGCAACUUCUCUAAUUGGGUCAAUUUGUAUAAUUGUCUUCGGUGGGACGAGAAAUGUCAAACAGAUGUUUUCUUCAAGGACAUGUAUGAUUCGUCAGAAGAUGUUCUAUGGGCUUUGAUGAAUGGGAAGAUCCGAAAUAAAUUAGGAAUCAUCCCUACAAAUGUCAUCUGGGGAGGUAUAGUGUUGUAAAGAACUAAUUAUAUGAUGCAUGUAGUUAACAAUCAUUUUCAUGUUUUGAAAAUACAUGAGGGUUUGAAUUGCGACGCUUGACGCCGGAAUAUUUUCUGUCAGAAUUCCCAACUGUUAAAAUAGAAGUAAAUUAUAUGUAGCGGGAUUCAUGCACGUAUUGUUUACAAUUAAUAUUGCAAGCAUAUGCAUUCAUGAGGAAAUUCUUGUGAUUACAAUCUGUGAAGAAAACAUUACAAAGACACAUAUAUAAUAGCAAUGUCCAUGGUAGGAAUAUUUUAAAUGUGUACAAAUAUUGUAUUUUUUUAAUAAAUCACUUUAAUAACGAAACA